UAUAUUUGUUCGUCAAAUGUUGGUAAAACAUCUGAAUAUACAUUCGCAUCAAUAUAAAACAUUAGGCUACUAAUGUUAGUGGUCUUAUCUCGUCUUGUCCUAAUUGAUUCAUUGAUUGUGCUUUUAAUUGUAGUAAAAUAUUGUGGCAAUGUAAUUUGUAUUGUAUCUGUGAAUAUAACUACACGUAACAAACCUGUUUUAUUUUGUGACGAAUCUUGUAUUACAGGCAUAGCCUAAAGCCGUGAUAUCUACUGUUCUAUGUGCGUGUAAUUCUUUUCGAUAAUUGCAUUUAUCUUAUUCGUAUAAUAAAGACAAAAUGAGUACUGUGGAUUUAACUGCAAUGGAUGUCACGGUCCAACCUAACCCAGAGGAAAAACUCCAGACGCCCAUGCAAGAAGUGAACGACUGCCUCAAAGCCUGUCAGUUCGGACGUUUCCACAUCAGGCUACUGGCAGCCACCUUUGUGGGCUACGUCAGUGGCGUCGGUGUCAUCAGUACUACCUCCUUUCUACUGCCCAGUGCUGAAUGUGAUCUAAAUAUGACAUUGCUGCAGAAAGGAAUCUUAAACGCUAUUCCUUACUUGGGAAUGUUAUUUUCAUCAGUCCUCGCUGGUUUUUUGACAGACGCUUUUGGCAGGAAGAUAUUCCUGCUUUUUGGUUUCGCAGGCACGUUUGUGUUUACAGUGAUAUCUGGCACCAGCCAAACAUACAAUAUUUUAGUCACUUCUAAAUUCUUCGAAGGACUAUUGUUUGCAUCGUCCUUCAGCGCAGUAGUGUCAUUUUCCUCAGAGUUUUACCACAACGACAUUAGGGACCGCGUCAUAAUUCUGCAAUCUUCAUUUGCAGCAGCCUCACAGAUCAUUAUAGCUGCAAUAUCCUGGGCUGUCUUGAUACAGGAUUGGAAUUACACCUUAUUUGGAGGUUAUAUUGUAUUAAAUACAUGGAACUUCUACUUAUACGUCGUCUCAUUUUGGUCGCUACUGGCCCUGUUAAUGUAUUCAUAUUUGCCGGAAAGUCCAAAGUACUUAGUGAUGCAGAAAGAAUAUACGAAAGCAAGACAAGUACUUACAAAUAUAUACAAAGAAAACACAGGAAAAUCGCCUGAAACAUAUCCUUACAAAGAUAUAUGGACAAACGAAAUACGAGACAAAAAUGCAAUUUCAGGAUCACAAAAAAAUACAUCUUUCUCACACCAAAUUGUGGUCGGUCUACACAACAUAAAACCUAUGUUCAGGAAACCAUUGGUUCAAUAUUUAGUUCUGAUUUGCCUCAUCAACUUCAUGACUAUGGCUUCAUCUAACAUCAUAACGCUAUGGUUCCCACAAGUGUCUACUAUAGUGGAACAUUAUAACAUCGGUGAUCAGGAUCUGUGUUCGGUCCUGGACACUUACACAGAAGACUUGGAGUUGAGACGACUAAACACAACUGUAGAAACAAAAUGUUUGUCUACAAGGAGUGGAGCGGAGACCUACAUCAACAGCAUGAUUAUAGGUGGUGUGAGUUUAAUUCCAAUACUUCUGACAGGCAUUCUAGUGAAUUAUAUAGGGAAGAAAACCUUGGUCAUGUUGGGAUGCUUGUUCUUCUCUGGGGCAACCUUGGGUAUGCGGUGGGCUAACACGAAAACUGCUGUGGUUGCCCUGUUCGCUGUGGACGUGUGCAUUGGACAGACAAGCAAAAGUCUUACCCAGGCUUAUAUUGUUGAGUUUUUCUCAACUUCUACCAGGAGUCUAGCUCUAUCAAUAAUUAUGAUGCUGGGUCGUAUAGGCACUCUGCUAGGAAACGUAGCUUUCCCAAUAUUGCUGAGCACGAGCUGUCAAUUGCCCUUUUUUCUUAUCUCAGGAAUUAUGCUUGCCAAGACCCACAAUGAAGAACCACCACAAACUCCCAUCCAGCAAGUCAACAGCUGUCUCAAAGCAUGUAAAUUCGGGCGAUUCAACAUAAAACUGUUACUUGUUACUCUGGUUGGCUUCGUGAGUGGUGUGGCAGUCAGCAAUACCACGUCGUAUCUACUGCCCAGCGCUGAGUGCGACCUGCACAUGACCCUGCUGCAGAAGGGGAUAUUAAAUGCUAUGCCAUAUUUGGGAAUGUUGUUCUCCUCUGUACUGGCUGGUUUCUUAACGGACACGUUUGGCAGGAAAAUAUUCCUGAUGCUGGGUUUCGGUGGAAUGUUCGUGUUCACGGUUAUAGCCGGCACCAGCCAGACCUAUGACGUUCUGGUCACCGCCAAGUUUUUUGAAGGACUACUGUUUGCGUCAUCAUUCAGCGCAGCAGUGUCACUUUCCGCAGAAUUUUGCUACAAUGAAAUUAGGGACCGGGUCAUAAUACUGCAGUCGUCUUUCCUUGCGCUUGCGCAGGUCAUCAUAGCCGGUAUAGCGUGGGCCGUACUCAUACAAGAUUGGGAGUACUCGCUCUUUGGGGGGUAUAUUGUGCUAAACACAUGGAACUUCUACUUAUACAUAAUGUCGCUGUGGUCACUGGCGUCAUUUAUAAUGUACUCGUUCCUACCAGAAAGCCCCAAGUACCUGGUGAUGCAGAAGGAGUAUGCGAAAGCUAGAGAGAUACUAAUGAAUAUUUACAAAGAAAACACUGGAAAAUCAGCUGAUACUUAUCCUUACAAAGACAUAUGGACCAAUGAAAUAAGAGAGGAGAGUGACCGAACAUCUGAAUCUAAAAAAGAGACUACCUUCUCCCACCAAAUUUCUAUUGGUCUUCACAACAUCAAGCCAAUGUAUAGGAAACCCUUAGUUAAAUACUUGGGUGUGAUUUGUCUCAUAAAUUUUAUGACUAUGGCAUCUUACAACAUAAUUAGACUAUGGUUUCCGCAAGUCUCGACAGUGGUGGAACACUACAAAAGUGGUGAUCAAGAUUUAUGUACGAUGCUGGAUGCCUACACUGAAGAUCUGAAACUUAGGCGGCUAAACACUACAGCGGAGACGCAAUGUGUACCGACACGAAGCGGUGCGGAAACUUAUAUAAAUAGUAUGAUAAUAGGCGGCAUUAGUAUAGUUCCGAUUCUGAUGACGGGCAUCUUAGUAAAUCGUAUUGGUAAAAAAACUCUAGUUAUACUGGGCUGUUCGAUAUUCGCUGGAGCCACGUUGGGAAUGAGAUGGGCCAACACAAAGACUGCAGUUGUCACAUUAUUUGCUGUGAAUGUGUGCGUCGGACAGACAAACAAGAGUUUAAUUCAAGCUAUAGUUGUGGAAUUUUUCUCGACUUCUACGAGGAGUCUAGCCCUGUCCAUAAUGAUGAUGCUGGGUCGUGUAGGCACUCUGUUAGGAAAUGUUGCCUUUCCAGUCUUGCUCAGCUUGAGUUGCGAAAUACCAUUUUUUCUUAUCUCGGGAAUCAUGCUUUCUUUGGUUUUUGUGGGCUUUUUCUUGCCAACAAAAAAGCAGUUGAAAAAACGGUGAAAAGGCGAUUUUUUUAUUAUAUAAGACUAUUAUUUCUGGGAUAAUGGGUUUAAAUUUAAUGUAAAAAGUGCUUAAUGAAAAAUAUUAUAUUUUUCUAUAAAGAAGAAAUGAAAUUAUAUUCAGACUUUGUAAUAAUUUUCUGCUCGAAUAUAAGUACAUUCAACGGCGUACUUAUCCCAUGUAUCUCUUACAGUCAACCGGCGGUUGAGAGGACAUAUUUUAUCAGGGUUGUAGAUUAUUUGAACAGUGUAUUAUCAUUUUAACUAAAAUAUUAUUUUAGAUUUAUUAAGUUGUAUACCUAUAAUUUGAUAUGAAUCAAAGUUAUUA